GACGCGGCGGCCGGCCGGCCGGGCCGGGCAUCUCUGCACCCGGUUUUCUACUUCUACAGCCCGCGUGCCAGUGGCCGCUCUCCUGUCCGAGCUCCUCCCUUCCAUAGCCGCCCGCCUUUCUCCGAGCUCCCUUGCGGCCUCGCCCCUAAUCCAGCGGAUGAGCCUGGGUUCUGGUGGGUUCCAGGUGGGAUAUUGUUCUCCUUCCUCAACUGUUAAUUCCUGCAUCUCUCCCAUUAUUCGGCUGCCGGGACGCCCUAGAGGAUACGGCCGCGGAAAUCGCUGAGGCCGACCUUGCUGCCGCCGGCAACCCUCCCGGCACCGUCAUCUCCAGCAUCUUUGAGCCGCACAGGACGGCAGGAGGAGGAGGACAAUGGUGUACUAUAGUUGCUUUUCGUACCCAAAGCCGCCAACGAAUUUUCCUACCGUGCAACUUAGUGGACUUGCAGACACGGGAGAGUUAAUUUCAUUUCAAGAGAUGCUCGGACUGCUUGUUCGUCCAGAUGUUGGAGUAGUUGUCAUCGAAGGAAUUGGUGGCUCUGGAAAGACAUGGGCUGCAAAGGCUGCAUACCAGGCAGCAAUGACCUCGAACAUAUUCAAUGCAUAUAUCUGGGUUUCACUGUCAAUAAGUUGUAGCUUGAGACAGUGUAUCAAUAAGAUUGCAGCAUCUCUUUCGUGUGGGGUCAGGGACAAUUUGUCUGUAGAAAGAGCUAAGACCAUAAUCAAUGAAUAUCUCACACAACGGAAGUUCCUACUAGUUCUUGAUAAUGCUUAUUUCACUGAAGAAAGUAUCUUAGAGUCCUUGGGAGUUCCUCAUCCUCAACGACAAAAUCUCGGCUCAAAAGUCUUUGUGACUACAAGAACUACAAGGACACGGGGUGUCAUGGACCCAGAUAGACUUAUAAUACCACAGCCUCUCACUUCUGAGGAGUCACGCGACCUACUGCAUGAGAAAAUUGGAAGGCACACCAAUUUUGCACAUGACUUGUUCAGCAAUUUCUAUGGCGUCCCACUCCUAAUCAUUUUAUUAGCUGGGGUAUUGUGUGAUGCACCAACUCAAGAUGUGUUUAGUGACUUGAUCGCAAACAUGCUUGUUUCUCUAGGAACCUGGGUAUCAGUUUUCCACACAAUGCAGCGCAUGGUAGAAUUUGGAUAUCAUCAGCUUCCUAGUGAUAAUGCACGGCACUGCUUGCUCUACUGCUUACUCUUCCCAGAGGAACAAGGAAUUCCAGUCAAAGAGUUAAUCCGGCACUGGAUAAUGGAUGGUCUGCUCCAAGAAUUUUUUUCUUUUGAUGAGGCUAACCAUAUUGGCAAGGAAAUUCUCGAUGUUCUCAUAAAGCACGGUAUGGUAUAUUUGGAGGAUAAUGAUCAUGUACGCAUGCAUGAUGUCAUCAGGGAAACUGUGUCAAAAUUUGGGAAGGACAAGGAUUACAAAGAGCAACGUGACUGGUAUUUUGAGAAUUCUAGUAUUACCAAACUAGAGCAUCUUGCCAAGUCUAGCAACAGAGUUUCAUUAAUGUAUACUGAAAUGGAAUGCCUUCGUGGAAGCCCACGUUGCUUAUUUCUUUCAUCUCUACUUUUAAGAGGAAACUAUCUUUUGAAAGCUAUUUCAGAGGAAUUUUUUUGCCAUAUGGGAGCACUAGGGAUACUAGACCUGUCAUUUACUCGAAUCAAAGUGCUGCCACCUUCCAUCUCCUGUUUGGCUAAGCUGAGAAUGUUAUUGCUGAUUGGAUGUGAUCAUUUGGAGGAAAUUCAACACAUAGGCUCAUUGGUGCAACUCGAGGUACUGGAUGCAUCAGGUUGUGUUUCCCUGAAAAGUAUAGAUCCCAGGUCAUUUGACCAUAUGGUGUUGCUCAGGAUCCUUGACCUUUCUAAAACUUCCAUCACUUCGUUGACCUCGAUUCCAGCACAUAUGGCGGUUAGCCACCUGAAUCUCCCGGGUUGCUCAUUUUUUGGUUCUGACUCUGCCCUCCCUUAUGGGAUGUCAAAAAGUGGUGCUGUUCAGAACUUGCAGCUAGGAAACAUUGAAAAUUUAACAGAUUGGAUGGGCAUGCUAUGGUUGCCUUGUGGACUGAUUUUCCAGCUGUCUGGUAGGUUUGGCAUGAAAGUAUCAUCUGGUGUUCACCGGCAUAGGAAAACAUAUGUUUAUGCGAGUGAUGCCUAUUUCUUUAACUGCUUGGAAAAAUAUUCUCCAUUAUGGUUUAACUGCUUUCAAAAGUUUCAAAUCAUCAUUUCCCCUUUGAUGGAUGACCAAACCAUGGACAUGGAUGCCCAAGUAACCGAGACUGAUUUCAUCUUUCAAAAUUCCUGCAUUAGAACAACACAUUUCAUGCAUUCCAUUGAUCUCAAUAGAUACGUUCAGAUAAAUGAUACUGAUGGUGUUCCUUCUGAUCUAGACAGCAUUCUUUAUCAUGCCGAGUUGAUAUCAUUAAAUAGGUUAACAGUAACCACCCAAUUUUCUGAUCUGAAUAUUAAAAGUAUGAAAGCAGCAAGAGAACUCUGGAUAGAGAAUAUUGACCAGUUGGAGAGUCUUCUGUUAGCAGACGAAGUCCGGGCAUUGUCAGCAGUGGGCAAUUUGCACAACCUAUGGAUCUCCAACAUGGAAAAUUUAGCAUCCUUCUGCAAAGGGGUGGAAGAUGUGACUAGUUUCGGUUGUCUGAAGCGUCUGAUCCUUGAUUGUUGCCCAAAUCUCUUAUACCUCUUUCCUUCAGAACUACGCUUUCCGAAUCUUGAAAUGUUGCAUAUCAGGUUUUGUGACACUUUGGAGAGGGUGUUUGACUGCUCGGUAUUGGGGCAGGACGCUGUUCCAAGGUUGCAGUCGCUGCAACUGUGGGAGCUUCCUGAGCUAACAUGUGUGUGUGGCGGAGUCUUGCCAUCUCUAAAGAACCUCAAGGUGAGAGGCUGUGUAAAACUGCGGAAAAUCCCUGUUGGUGUGGAUGAAAACAGCCCGCUCGUCAUUACGAACGGGGAAAGGCUGUGGUGGGACAAUUUAAUAUGGGAUGACGAAAGCAUUAAGCGGUGGGUGCUGUUCAGAGGAUGGGGGCCCUUGCUACCUCAGUUUUGCAACUGAAGGAUGAAAGACAACAUCCAGAUAUUUCCAGCAGAUUUUUUGUAAACACAGCAGCAUUUGCCAGUCUUCCUAUGGUUUCUCAAAGUGCCAAUUUUCACCUUGCCGCACGUCAUGGCUGGUACAUCCUUAACUGUUUAACUGUUUGGAAUAGGAUUCUCCGUUGUGGUUGAAUUUUAUUUUUUCAGAAGUUUCAGAUUGUCAUCUCCCCUUCGUUGGACACUGACACCAAAAAAGAAACGAAGACAGGUAUCAUCUUUCAGCAUUCCUACUUUAGGACAAAGCAAUUCGCAAUUCCGUUGUUCCCGAAAGAUAUAUGAAGAUAAAUGGUACAGUACUAUCGGUGUUCCUUCUGAUCUUGAUGGCAUUCCUUAUCAUGCUCAGCUAAUAUCAUUAAAGAGAUUAACAAUGACGACCCAAUUCGGAUCUGAAUAUUAGAGGUAUGGAAUCAGUAAGAGAGCUCCGGCUAGAGAAUUUUGAGCACCUGGAGAGUCUUCUAUCAGUGGAAUAAGUCCAGACAUUAUCUGCAAUGGGCAACUUGCACAAGCUAUGAAUCUCCAACGUAGACCAUCUAACAUGGUGCAAGAUAUGACUAGUUCAGUGUCUGAAGCACUUGCUCCUCGCAGCUGUCCAAAUCUCACAUACAUCUUCCCUUCGGUACCACGCCUUCCAAACCUUGAAACGUUGCAUAUCAGAUUUUGCGAUACUUUGUAGAGGGUGUUUGACAGCUCGGUCUUAAAACUCUUCCAAGGUUGCAAAUUGCAGUUGCUGCAGUUGUGGGAGCAUCCUGAGCUAACCUCGUUGUAUGAUGGAGUCUUGCCAUCUCUGAAGAACCUGAAGGUGAAAGGCUGCGCAAAAAGCUGUGUAAAGUUUCUGUCGGUGUGUGUGAAUGAAAAGUAGCCCUUUUGUAAUUCGCAAAAAAAUAGCCCUUCUGUAACCACUACCGGGGAACAGCUGGUACAGUUAUUAUGCGAUGACGAAACCAGUGUUAGUUGCUGUUCAGAAAUUGGGGGGCCCUUGCAACUGAAGGAUGAAGAUAUAUUCAUGUGUUUCCGCAGCAUUUGUCAGUCGUUCUACGGUUUCUCAGACAACAUUUUUUUUUGUUUUGACCUACACCUACCUAUAUGUCAUGGUCGCUACACGCCUCGUACAAUUCUCUGAAUUGGUCCUGUAGGAAAAUUCUGCUAUGUGGCUGUACCUUUGAGUCUGUAACAACACGAAGCAUAGAGUUUGACUCUGUGUGCUAAUAAUUGAACAAGGUUUAGCAAUUAUUUGCUAUAUAUUUGGUCUGUA